GGAGGGGAGAGGCUGGGUGUAUGUGUGGAGGGCAUUUGGUCGCUGGCUUCUUUUCUAUGGAGCUUUGCUUUAAUCUGGAACUAAACGCCUUCCACUCCGAACAGCGGAGUUUGUUGAUAUUUUGAAGGCACGCGGGAUUUGAACUCCUCCGCGCGCAGAUCAGACGGUGACGGUGUGUGUCUCUCUCUCUCUCUCUCGCUCUCACACACACACACACACACACACACACACACACACACACACACACACACCGCGUCUCCGUGCUUACAGGUGGUCUGUGGUGGAGCGCACGAGCUCCGCUCAGCCUGGAUCUUUCCCGGAUUUUCUCCGUCGUGAUCCACGGUCUGUUGCGCGCGCUCCAGGGACACAACUCUCUCCGUAAACCCGCGUGCGUGCAGCCUUGCUGGGAAAGCCACUCCUGCCAGGGGUUGUUCAGAAAUGAAAGGCCGUAAAGGUUGCUCGUAUGGAUUGCUGCUCUACCUCUUGCUCUUGGUGGCCUGGCAGACUCGAUCUAGAGUGGGAGUGUCUGCAUCAGAUGCCUUCAAAAACAACAUCACACUUUUCACACGGAUUCUGGAUCGACUGUUGGAUGGCUAUGACAACAGGCUGAGACCGGGUCUCGGAGAUCGAGUGACGGAGGUAAAGACUGAUAUUUACGUGACCAGUUUUGGGCCGGUAUCAGACGCAGACAUGGAGUACACAGUAGACGUGUUCUUUCGCCAGCGCUGGACUGACGAACGACUGAAGUUCCGUGGGCCAAUGAACAUCCUGCGGCUCAAUAACCUAAUGGCCAGUAAGAUCUGGACCCCCGACACCUUCUUCCACAACGGAAAGAAGUCUGUGGCCCACAACAUGACCAUGCCCAACAAAUUACUGCGGAUCAUGGAGAAUGGGACGCUACUCUACACCAUGAGGUUGACAGUGCAGGCAGAGUGUCCAAUGCAUCUGGAGGACUUCCCUAUGGACUCUCACUCAUGUCCGCUGAAAUUUGGCAGCUAUGCAUAUACCCUGACAGAGGUGACCUAUGUUUGGACACGAAAUGCCACCUUUUCAGUAGAAGUGGCACCAGAUGGAUCGAGGUUAAACCAGUAUGACUUAAGGGGGCAAACUGUUGGCAAUGAAACCAUAAAAUCUAGCACAGGUGAAUACACAGUGAUGACAGUUCAUUUCCAUCUGAAGAGGAAGAUUGGUUAUUUUGUGAUCCAGACCUACCUGCCCUGCAUCAUGACGGUCAUCCUGUCCCAGGUGUCCUUCUGGCUCAACCGUGAGUCCGUCCCUGCACGAACAGUAUUCGGUGUGACCACAGUGCUAACUAUGACCACUCUCAGUAUCAGUGCCCGUAAUUCACUGCCCAAAGUGGCUUAUGCUACCGCCAUGGACUGGUUCAUCGCUGUGUGCUAUGCAUUCGUCUUCUCCGCACUCAUUGAGUUCGCAACAGUCAACUACUUCACCAAACGUGGCUGGGCCUGGGAUGGCAAGAGUGUCGUCAAUGACAAGAAAAAGGAGGGCUCCAUUAUGAAGAAGAACAAUGCUUAUGCAGUUGCUGUGGCUAACUACGCCCCCCACAUUGGUAAAGAUUCAGCCCUUCCCACCAUCUCCAAGAGCGCACCAGCAGAGCCUGCUAAAGCUCAGCCUGUAGCUAAAGAGAGCAAGAAGACUUUCAACAGUGUGAGCAAAAUCGACCGCAUGUCCCGCAUCAUCUUCCCCGUGCUCUUCGGCAGCUUCAACCUGGUCUACUGGGCCACUUAUCUCAACAGAGAGCCUGUCAUUAAGAACAUGGUCCCCUCUCACUGAACCAUCUGUUUCUGCCACAUAUGUCCAGUGUCCUCUCACAACACACACACACACACACACACACACACACACAGAUCAAUGGCAGGCUUUUUCACAUGUUUAGUAUUGUGAUUGUGAUUUCUGUCUCACUAUGGUGAGAAUACACCAUGUUCUUCAUCCUUCUACUGAGUCCACAGAAGGAUAACAGGCCAUCACUGUUGGGCGUCAGGUUCAACAUGGCUUUAUGUUAAAAGUUACAAACUAUUAUGGAAAACUCUUCAGGCUGAAGGACAGAAUGAAGUGCUACACAAAUAUAAUACAAAUAUAUAAGUAAAUGUGGUGUUUAAAAGAAAGAGGAAAACAACUUGAAACGGCAUGUACGUAGUUUGGAAGUAUGGAUAGCAAGCUCAUCUGGGCAAAAUUUCAGCUACGAGUUAGCUGGUAUAUGUGCUAGAUAAACUACAGACUACCCAACCAUUUCCUGUUGUUUUACGACUUUACUUGAAACACUGUAUUUACAAUCUGUAUUGCCAUCCUGUCCUGCAGACUGAAGGUUUAUUUAUCAUGAAAGUGACUGAAGACUUGACUUGGACAUCUUUUCAAACUCCCUGCACCACAGAAUUGUCAUAUACCUUAAUACGCUUUGAGAAGAAUGCUAAUGAAUGCUUUUAUUGGGUUCAUCAUUGGGAGAUAAAUGUAAGUAUUUUCUCCUGUAUUUAUUUUGUCUGUAGCAUAAAUAUUUCAUGUAAUUUGUGUAGUCAUUUGUAGAUUAUAUUAUGUUUCCUAUAAUUUUGUAUGCAGUGAUAAAAUGCAGAAAAAGACUCUCUUGUCUAACUUAAAACCACUUGGAUUUUGAAGAUAUAGUGUUUUAAGUUAUUCUUUAUGUGAAUUUGUAAGGUCUUACACAUUCAUUAUUCCCUCUGAAAUCACUUUGGCACUUAAUGGUUGUGCUGUUAAGAACAUUAAGCAUUAAGUGCACAUACAAUGAAAUUUAUGUGUCAUCUUGUCAUUUUUAAAAAAGCUUUAUGCCAGACAGAACCUUGACAGGUUACACAUCACAGAGCAAAGCAUUGUUUUAACUGCACUGUAGAAUGAACACACACAGACCAGCACAGUCCUGCACAUGUAGCAUUGGAAAGUCGACUUAAUCUGGCACCUCAUCAUCAUUCAUCAUUUAAGUUCAUGCCACUGAAAAUCACUACUGACUUUAUAUUGUGCUCUGGGACAGAAUAUUGUAACUAGUUGGCCUUACCUGUUUACCCUUGUCUGCUGCUACUUGCCCCAUACAGUGAUCUAGUUGCAUUGCAUCAACUGUCCUGCUUCAUGUGUUUUAUUAUUGUAUUGAAAGGUACUGAAUUAAUUCUACAAUGAUGGUACAGAUAAAUAUUUUUAUAUUUCUUCUGUCUUAGACAGAGUAUACUCACUGUAAGAGUUCUCUUAAAAACCCAAAUAAAAGGUUCUAAUUUGGUGAUUUGAUUUAUAGCCGCUUUAUCCAUGAAAUCAAAUGUGGACCCACACUUCUCCUCACUCUCACAACUAUGUACAUUUUAAGUUCCAUAGUAGUUAUCGAAACAAUUCCUAAGUUUCAAUGAAUAGUUUGGCA